UGUGUCCCGGCGAGGCGUUGCGGACCAACCGUGUGUGUGUGCACAUAGAGGAUGGCUCAGUGCUCAGGUGCAGGCAGCAGACUUGGGGAACCAGUCAAGCAGGCAACAGGACCAGACUUUACACCCAGACAGAGCUUUUUGCAGGGCUGAGGGCUGGAGAUUGAGCCCCCUUUUUGGACCUCCAUCCCUGAAGCUCUCUUAAUCUACCUGUAACUAAGCUUUCUUUUAUACAGUAUUCAUUAACAAGAGGACCAUUUCAACUGUGUGUGGAUCCUAAAUGUUUAAAGGAAAUUCUUCUUUUUGUAUUUGUUAUAAUUGGCACUCAUUUACACUGUGAGCUCUGAGUGGAAGCAGCUGUCUUGUCAGCCGUGGAUUUUGUAGAGGUGAAAGAGAGGAGCAUGUCCUGUCUGUGCCAUGCCCCAAACUGGACCUUAGUGGAUAGCUGCUGAGGGAAAUAAGGCACAAAAGAGAGAGCCAAAUCUUUAAAACGAGGACAGGAAAGUCCUCAGACAAUCUCCCUCUCACACACCUGUGAGGGCUCACUCUCUGACAAAAGAACAGCCGAGAAGAGGAGGAACAAAAAGAUAAUUAGGAGCCAAGAAGAUUAAGGCUAAAGGGGAGACUUUGGGUCCAGACUCCCUUCCUUUAUUCAUCCCUCCUUUUUCAGUUCCCACCUGUGUGGAUUAAUUGGGCUGGAGAACCAUGGCGCAUGCCGCUUCGCAGCUGAAGAAAAAGGCGGACGAGAACCUCGCUGCAGAGGAAGAGAAGGAGAAGGAGAGGAAGAAGUCAAGGAAACGGUCUCGCGAACCAAAGAAAAAGACAGACGUAAACGCUUGUUAUCUGCGGGCUGCUCGGGCUGGCAACCUUGAGAAAGCGUUGGAUUACCUGAAAAAUGGGGUUGACAUUAAUAUUUGCAAUCAGAAUGGCCUCAAUGCUCUCCAUCUGGCCUCGAAGGAGGGCCAUGUGGAAGUGGUGGCUGAGCUCAUCAAACAGGGUGCCAAUGUGGAUGCUGCUACUAAGAAAGGAAACACUGCCCUCCACAUAGCUUCUCUUGCUGGACAGACAGAUGUGGUGAAGGAGCUUGUCACCCACGGUGCCAACGUCAAUGCUCAGUCUCAGAAUGGCUUCACUCCGCUGUAUAUGGCAGCGCAGGAGAAUCACUUGGACGUGGUGCAGUUCUUAUUGGACAAUGGCUCCAGCCAGAGCAUCGCCACUGAGGACGGUUUCACUCCGCUGGCGGUUGCACUGCAGCAGGGCCAUGACCAGGUAGUUUCCCUUUUGCUGGAAAAUGACACCAAGGGGAAGGUCCAGGAUGGCCAGGCUGACGGUUUCACUCCGCUGGCGGUUGCACUGCAGCAGGGCCAUGACCAGGUAGUUUCCCUUUUGCUGGAAAAUGACACCAAGGGGAAGGUCCGCCUCCCAGCGUUGCACAUCGCUGCACGUAAAGAUGACACCAAGGCUGCCGCCCUCCUCCUCCAGAACGACCACAAUGCUGAUGUGGAGUCUAAGAUGAUGGUGAAUAGAACAACAGAGAGCGGGUUCACUCCUCUGCAUAUUGCGGCUCACUACGGCAACAUCAACGUAGCAACACUGCUGCUUAACAGAGGGGCAGCUGUGGACUUCAAGGCGAGGAACGACAUAACACCGCUGCACGUAGCGUCCAAACGUGGGAACAGCAACAUGGUGCGACUGCUGCUGGAGAGAGGGGCCAAGAUAGAUGCACGCACCAAGGACGGUCUAACUCCUCUUCACUGUGGCGCCAGGAGUGGCCAUGAGCAAGUAGUGGAGAUGCUGCUGAACAGAGGAGCUCCAAUACUGUCAAAGACCAAGAACGGUCUGUCUCCUCUUCACAUGGCGACGCAAGGCGACCACCUCAACUGUGUUCAGCUGCUGCUGCACCACGACGCGCCCGUGGACGACGUGACAAACGACUACCUGACGGCGCUGCACGUCGCUGCCCACUGCGGGCACUACAAGGUGGCGAAGGUCAUCGUGGACAAGAAAGCCAAUCCCAACGCCAAGGCGCUGAAUGGUUUCACUCCCCUGCACAUUGCCUGCAAGAAAAACAGACUCAAGGUGAUGGAGCUGCUUCUGAAGCACGGAGCGUCUAUACAAGCUGUCACAGAGUCCGGUCUGACGCCGAUCCACGUUGCAGCUUUUAUGGGACAUGAAAACAUCGUCCACCAGCUAAUCAACCACGGGGCUUCACCAAACACAAGCAACGUGAGGGGGGAGACGGCACUCCACAUGGCAGCGAGGGCGGGACAGUCCAAUGUGGUCCGGUAUCUGAUUCAGAACGGAGCACGAGUCGACGCCAAGGCCAAGGAUGACCAGACUCCUCUGCACAUCUCAAGCCGUCUUGGUAAGCAAGAUAUUGUGCAGCAGCUCCUGGCGAACGGAGCAUACCCGGAUGCCACGACCAACUCUGGAUACACUCCCCUACACCUAGCCGCCAGGGAGGGGCACAGAGAUAUAGCUGCAACGCUGCUGGACCAUGGAGCUAGUCUGGGCAUUACUACUAAGAAGGGCUUCACUCCUUUGCACGUCGCAGCAAAAUAUGGGAAAAUCGAGGUGGCCAACCUGCUGCUGCAGAAGAACGCUCAGCCUGAUGCUGCUGGAAAGAGUGGACUAACUCCACUGCAUGUAGCAGCACACUAUGAUAACCAGAAGGUGGCGCUGCUCUUGCUCAACCAGGGAGCCUCACCGCACGCUGCUGCAAAGAAUGGUUACACUCCACUACAUAUUGCAGCUAAGAAGAAUCAGAUGGAGAUAACGACCACCUUACUGGAAUACAGCGCCUCUACCAACUCUGUAACGCGGCAGGGCAUCACUCCCCUGCACCUUGCAGCGCAGGAAGGAAACGUGGACAUUGUGACGCUGCUGCUGGCUCGGGACGCUCCUAUUCACAUGGGCAAUAAGUCUGGUUUGACUCCACUUCACCUGGCUGCCCAGGAGGAUAAAGUCAAUGUUGCUGAGGUCUUGUGCAACCAAGGAGCCUUCAUAGAUCCAGAGACCAAGCUUGGAUACACUCCACUUCAUGUGGCCUGUCACUAUGGCAACGUGAAGAUGGUUAACUUUCUGCUGAAAAAUCAGGCGAAGGUCAACGCCAAGACAAAGAACGGCUACACACCUCUCCAUCAGGCUGCACAGCAGGGACACACACACAUCAUCAACUUGCUGUUACACCAUGGAGCAUCGCCCAAUGAACUCACUAAUAAUGGAAACAGCGCUCUGUCCAUUGCAAGGCGGCUCGGCUAUAUCUCUGUUGUGGACACGCUCAAGGUGGUCACAGAGGAGACUCUGACCACUCAGACUGUAAUCGAGAAGCACAAAAUGAAUGUCCCCGAGACCAUGAACGAGGUGCUGGACAUGUCCGAUGAUGAAGUGUAUAAAGCCAAUAUUCCCGAAAUGAUCACAGAGGACUAUUUUUCUGAUGUGGAAGAAGAAAUGGAUGUUGGAAAUAUCUGCAUCAGCUAUUCCUGUGACGAUGCGAUGACGGGGGACACGGACAAAUAUAUGGCCCCCCAAGAUCUGCGGGAACUGGGCGACGACUCACUCCCUCAGGACGGCUACAUGGGCUUCAGCAUUGGUGCACGAUCUCAGAGUCCGAAAGUCAGCCUUCGUUCCUUCAGUUCUGAUAGGUCCAACAUGCUGAACCGGAGCUCGUUUACACGGGACAGCAUGAUGAUAGAGGAGAUACUGGCGCCGAGUAAGGAGAUGAUGCUUCGUAAGGAAAAGUCUUUCAUUGUAGAGCAACACAAUAAGCAUUUGGCAGCGGCUAAGGACUUUGACUGCGACUCUCUGAGGAGGUACAGCUGGACUGCAGAUGCACUGGACAAUGUCAACCUAGUGUCCUCACCAAUACACUCCGGUUUUUCCUCUCCGCUCCCGCAGUACGACAGCAGGUUCCUGGUCAGCUUCAUGGUCGACGCCAGGGGUGGUUCCAUGAGAGGAAGCCGUCACAACGGCAUGAGAAUCAUCAUCCCGCCCAGAAAGUGCACAGCACCCACCCGGAUCACGUGUCGACUGGUGAAGAGGCACAAAUUGGCGUCGCCUCCCCCGAUGGUGGAAGGAGAAGGCCUGGCCAGCAGACUUGUUGAGGUCGGUCCCGCAGGAGCGCAGUUCCUUGGGCCUGUGAUAGUGGAGAUCCCUCAUUUUGGCUCGAUGCGGGGCCAGGAGAGAGAGCUGAUCCUGCUGCGCAGUGAGAACGGAGAAACCUGGAAGGAGCAUCUGUACGACUGCAAGACUGACGACCUCAAUCAGCUCCUCAAUGGCAUGGACGAAGAACUGGACAGUCCCAACGAGCUGGAGAGGAAGAGAAUCUGCCGCAUUAUCACCAAGGAUUUCCCGCAAUACUUUGCAGUAGUGUCUCGUAUCAGACAAGAGACGCACCAGAUGGGACCAGAGGGCGGGACUCUGUGCAGUCGCAGCGUCCCAUUGGUUCAGGCUUCCUUUCCAGAGGGAGCGCUAACCAAGAAAAUCAAGGUUGGAUUGCAGGCUCAGCCGGUACCUGAUGAGGCCGUGAAGAAAAUCCUUGGUAAUCGAGCAACAUUCAGCCCCAUUGUUACUGUGGAGCCAAGAAGAAGGAAGUUCCAUAAACCAAUCACCAUGACAAUCCCAGUCCCGCCCCUCUCAGGGGAGGGGCUUACAAAUGGCUACAAAGGAGACUAUACUCCCUCCCUGCGCCUUCUCUGUAGCAUCACAGGUGGUACAUCACCAGCACAGUGGGAAGACAUCACAGGCACAACUCCUCUCACCUUUGUGAAUGACUGCGUCUCCUUCACCACUAAUGUUUCUGCCAGGUUCUGGUUAGCAGACUGCCACCAGGUACCAGAGACGGUGGGCCUGGCCACACAGCUCUACAGGGAGCUGAUAUGUGUGCCCUACAUGGCCAAGUUUGUGGUGUUUGCUAAGAUGAAUGACCCAGUGGAGUCCAGCCUGAGGUGCUUCUGUAUGACAGAUGACAAGGUGGAUAAAACCCUGGAGCAGCAGGAGAACUUUGAGGAGGUGGCCAGAAGCAAAGACAUAGAGGUUCUGGAGGGCCGGCCUAUAUAUGUGGAUUGUUACGGGAACUUGGCUCCCCUGACCAAAGCUGGUCAGCAGUUAGUUCUUAACUUCUACGCCUUCAAGGAGAACCGUCUGCCUUUCUGCGUCAAGGUACCUUAACAUGUGCUCCAGCACCACCAGCACCUUUUGGCUAGGCUAGAAUACAAUGUUGGC